AACACAUAACUCAUCCUUAGUAUAAUAAUGAUUAUCCAACACAAACAUGAACUCCCCCACCACACCACACCACCCUUCCUUCAUUCACUACAUCCUCACUACACAUACAUCUGAUUUUCUAAAGAAUAAUAGCUAUGGAUGAUGUAUGGAAAGAUAUCAGCAGCCUCCCAUCUCUUCACCACCCUACCACCACUCAUCACUUCCAAGAUUUCCUCGCUCCUCCGGCUCCUAGGCCGGGUGGUGGAGCCACCUUCCACCACCCUCCAGCACCACCAGUACAUGAACCACUCACGACCAUGCUAAGCCUGAGUACUAGUGGUAACUCUGAACAUGAUCAAGAUCCACCACAUAAUACCACUUCAAUAAUAGUUGUCACUUCACCUCAUGUACAAGAAACAUCCCCCCCUGAAUACACUGAAAAGUUCAAGCGUUUGAUGAAGAAUCGCGAGUCAGCUGCUCGAUCUAGAGCACGAAAACAGGCUCGUGCGGAUGAGUUGGAGGAAGAAGUCUUAAGACUAACCAAAGAGAACGCCAAACUCAGAAGGCUUCAAAAAGAGUUUUGUUCAGCCUCUACUGCUCACGUUCCCAAAAAGCCAAGGCUUCAUAGAUCCAAAAGUGCUCCUCUUUAAGGACACCCAUGUCCUCUUUAACACCAUUUAUUUUGUUAUUCUUUUUAAAUGGUAAUGUUAUACGAUGAUGAUCUGUAAGUGCUACACAAAUUAUUUUAUAUAUUAAAAUAUAUAUAAUAUUAAGAUCAAAUGAUAAAACAAUAUAA